UUUGUUGCACGUAAGCGCCGUCUUGUCGUGGCUCCGCCCCGCUUCCUAUGGAGGAUUUAUUUAUUUUCUCCUCCGUCUCCUCCUCCUCCUCCUCUGGCGCCGCUGCGUCCAUUAUUACCGAGAAGAAACGGAGAACGAGCAGCGAGAAAACUCGACCACUGCAGGCCGAGCGGACCGCCUCGGAAGACUGAAGGAUGAGCGCCGACCGCGGGACGCAGAGCCGACCGGAGCCGCCGCCACUGAGCACCGGAGGAGGCAACAUGAGCUCGGACUAAGCAGGCGAGAGAACUCCGCUGCGUCCGUCGCGGCUCUCGGUCGGGAUGUCUGGAGCGGCCGGACCUGCACCGCCCACCGGGGCCGGACCGGAGCUGCCGGACCUGAGCCAUCUGACCGAGGAGGAGCGGAGGAUCAUCCUCUCCGUGAUGGAGCGACAGAAGAAAGAGGAGGAGAAGGAGCAGAGCAUGCUGAAGGAUGAGGAGGAAGUAAAACCUCCCCCAGCUUUGUGGAAUCCGCUCUCAGGGUUCAGUCAGUUGGUCAAUAAUGUUGCAGCCAAUGUGUCCGAAGUUCUGCAGGUUAAAAGUCCGACUGACAACGAGUCUCAGACGAAGUUACAUCAGCAGUUUGAGAUGUAUAAGGACCAGGUGAAGAAGCUGGGGGAGGAGCCUCCUGCGGUGCAGAUGGCGAGGGCGGAGUCUCCCACCUGCGGCGUCUGCCACAAAACCAAGUUUGCGGACGGCUGCGGCCGAGCCUGCUGCUACUGUCAAAGCCGCUUCUGCGCGCGCUGCGGCGGGCGUGUCCCUUUAAGAGCCAAUAAGGUGAUGUGGGUUUGCAACGUGUGCAGGAAGCAGCAGGAGAUUCUGACCCGGUCGGGAGAAUUUUACCCCAACGCGUCGCCUCCACACGGGCCGAUGCAGGGGGCGUCGGGGGCCGUGGGGCCCCUGAGCAAUGGAGCCACAGAGCAGCGGCGGAGCCCCUCCGCGUCGUACUACGAUGGUGGCGGCAGGAUGCCUCGCUCGCCUUCCGACCACAGCUUGGACCGCCGCCCCCGCUCCACGCACAGCUACCAUGGCAACGGCGAGGAGGAGUUACGUGUCCAAAGGCGACCAAUCAAAGACCGGCGCGGCCGCUGGCACUCACAGGACCACCCAUUUGACCCGGUUCUGGUGGACCGUGAGCUGCGGCGGCGCCAGGAGGAGGAGUUUCAGGCUCGCUACCGAAGCGACCCCAACCUGGCCCGCUACCCGGUUAAGCCGCAGCCGAGCGAGGAGACCAUGAGGAUGCUGGCGCAGGUCGGCCGGGUCCGCCACCAGCGCCGGCACAGCGACGUGUCGCUGGCUGCAGCAGAACCGGAACAUCUCAACCUCAGACACACAGCCGUCCGCCAGAAUCGGCCUCAGGGACUGAUUGGGUGUGGAGGUCAGAGGUCAUUCUCAGUUGACAGGACUCCCAAUCACCUCAGCCCCACGUCUCCUCGACGCAGCCCGUUGCCACAGCAACUCCUGGACCCGAGCUCCGCCCUCAAGAGGAAGCCCACCAAUGAGAGCAUGGCGCAGAGAGGGAGGAUGAUGGGGAAGAUGCACGUGAUUGGCAGCUUCAGCAGUUCAGAGGAGGAGCUGCUGACCACACCUGAAUACACCAGCUGUGAUGAGCCUGACAGAGACAUGGAGAGCCAGUGGUGGGAUCAUGGUACCUGGCAUGGCGAGCCUGCACCGAUGUCUAUGCAGCCGGUCACAUGGCAACAAUCCAAAGAUGCGGAGCGUCUGAUUGGUCGAAUCGUCCUGAACAAGAGGAUGAAGGACGGGACGGUUCCUGCAGAUACAGGAGCCCUGCUGGGCCUCAAGGUUGUUGGUGGGAAAAUGACGGAGUCUGGCCGUCUGUGUGCGUUCAUCACCAAAGUGAAGAGAGGAAGUCUGGCAGACACAGUGGGACAUCUGAGACCAGGUGAUCAGGUUCUGGAGUGGAACGGCCGGGUUCUUCAGGGCGCCACAUUCAACGAGGUCUAUGACAUCAUCAUGGAGUCCAAACCAGAACCGCAGGUGGAGCUGGUGGUCUGCCGACCGAUCCGAGACGUUUCAAGAGCAGCAGACGCCUCCAGUGUUCACCUGGACUCCAGUUCCAGUUCCUUCGACUCACAGAAGGUCGGCCCGACCAUCUCCGUCACCUCUCCCAUGAGCCCCAGCGUUCUGUCGGGACAAGUCUCCAUCAAACUGUGGUAUGAUAAGGUUGGUCAUCAGCUGAUCGUCACGGUCCUUGGAGCCAAAGAACUUCCUGUUCGGGACGAUGGACGACCGCGAAACCCAUACGUCAAGAUCUACUUCCUGCCGGACAGAAGUGAUAAGAGCAAACGCAGGACGAAGACGGUGAAGAAGUCCCUGGAGCCUCGCUGGAACCAGACCUUCAUGUAUUCCCCGGUUCAUCGGCGCGAGUUCAGGGAACGGAUGCUGGAGCUCACCGUCUGGGACCAGGCCAGAGUCCGAGAGGAGGAGAGCCAGUUCCUGGGAGAGGUCCUGAUAGAGCUGGAGUCGGCGCUGCUGGAUGAUCAGCCUCACUGGUACAAGCUACAGCUUCAUGACGUUUCCUCGGUGCCCCUGCCCAACGCCUCCCCCUACCUGCAGAGGAGGGGACUGCAGACGGAGCCGUCCCAGAGCAGCAGGAGGCUUCAGAAUAAAGGUCCUUACUUUAACUCAGGAUCUCAGAGGAUCAGCGAUAGCGAGUUUUCAGAUUACGACUGUGAAGACGGCAUUGGCGUCAUUUCAGAUUACAGGCAGAAUGGGCGGGACUUCCACAGCUCCACCCUCUCAGUGCCAGAACAGGUGAUAUCGUCCAAUCACUGCUCCCGAUCUGAGAUGGUGCGCAGCUCACGGUCGCCAAGCCAACCGCCUCCACAAAGCGGCAACCCUCUGAAUCCGUUGUACCGGGAGGACGCGGUGCGGCUGCUGCGCGGCUCCAAACUGAGUCGAGCAUAUUCUGACGCCUGUCAGUACAGCAGCCUGGACAGGCGACACCUGAGGAGAAUGUCUGUCGCCAACUCUCUCGAUUCCUACGACAGAUACUUUAACGGUGCACAACAAACCUGGACAAACCAUAUAAUGAAUGGGAGUUGUGAGGAUUACAGUCAGGACUUCAUCCCAGACUUUCCCUAUGAGCCAGAAGCUUAUGACGAGGAGCUGCUGAGGGCUAACGCUCGCGUCGGAUCCAACAUGACGAGUCCCACCGGAACGGCGGUCUGCCCUCGCCGCGGACGCCAGCUUCCUGUUGUCCCGCCAAAAGGACCUCUGGACCGAAGUGUGAUGAAGGACCCCACUAAGAUGAGGGACAGCCUGUCCUUUAAAUCGUCAGACAGCGACGUCAGCGACGUGUCUGCCAUGUCCAACGCGUCUGAAACCAGAACCGCCCUCAAGAUCAGUAAGGCGGAGUCUGUGGAGGACCAAUCAGGGGACUUGGGUGGCGGAUCAGAGGGGGCGCAGGAAGUAGAGGGAGCAGCAGAGGGCGAGUCUCAGCUCCAUAAGAGCGAAUCAAUGGAGGAAGGACUGGAGGGGGAGGCGCAGUCUGAAAAAGCUGCAUCUACCUCCGGUGCUCCUCUCACCAAGUCCUCCAGCGUCGGCGGAGAGAUUUGCUCGUUAGGGAGAAACGACGACGACGACGACGACAAGAAGCGACGCUCCAGCUUCGGAGCGAGGAUGAUGGGAAUGGUGGGACUGGGAAAGAAGAGUCAGAGCGCGUCCCAGCUCAAUCCAGAGGAGGAGGAGAAGAAGAAGAAAGUGAUAAGACUUCCUGUCCAGAGGAGCGUAGAAACCGGUUUGGCCAUCGAGUUUAAAUCUCGAUUCACCCGACAGCCGAGUCGAGAUCCGGACGCCGAGGAUCCAAAACCCGGAGCUCUGAUAUUUCCAGGAGUGAAAUUGGCAUCAGAUAAGCAGUUCACCGGCUUCCUGGAGGGAUUAGGUCCCGGACAAUUGGCUGGACGCCAGACGCUGGCCACGCCCCCCAUGGGGGACAUCCAGAUCGGGAUGGUCUACAGGAAGGAGCGGCUGGACGUGGAGGUGAUCCGAGCCCGGGGGCUUGUGGGUAAACAGGGCAACAAGAACACUCCAGCUCCUUAUGUGAAAGUGUAUUUAAUGGAUAACGGGAAAUGUGUGCUGAAGAGACGAACGCGUCUGGCAAGAAAAACUCUGGACCCGCUUUAUCAGCAACAGCUCCAGUUUGAAGAAAAUCCUGAAGGAAAAGUGCUGCAGAUCAUCGUCUGGGGCGACUACGGACGGAUGGAUCAUAAAUCGUUCAUGGGAGCUGCUCAAAUCCUAUUGGACGACUUGGACCUGUCCAACAUGGUGAUUGGCUGGUUCAAACUGUUUCCAGCCACCUCAUUGGUGGACCCGGCGUUGGCGCCGCUAACAAAUAAGGAGACCGAAGGCGGCAAAUCGUAGCAUCAGGAGUCGGGACCGAUUGCGUCGUCGCGUCAAACGGGCCUCGAGGCGAGCCAGAGGGGACAAACGGUCGCUGGGUGCAGUGACCCUCCUGUGCUCCUGCAUGCUGCAUGAUGAUGUCGCAACGAUGACGUACCAGUGCCAUGAUGAUGUCAUCGGGGUGGAGGGAGGCUCCUCCCCUCGCCGCGGAAAUGGAGGGACCGGUUGGGCAAAAGAUGCUUUGAAAAAGAGAGGCCAAAAGACUCGCAGCUGCCAGCCAAUCACAGCAGCUCCUCUGUGUCAUGUGACGGGCGGCCUCUGUUUCCAUGGAGAUGCAGGAACAUGGAGGUCUGCUGCGGUGUGUUUUUUGCAUGGAACGACAAAAAGAUUAGAAGAAAAAAAAAACCCUGUCAGAAACAGAGAAAAAAAACCGACACCCUGGGAAUGUCGCCUGAAAACUGGAAAAUAGUUUCAUCAUUUAUGAUUUUUGUAAAAUAUCCCUGACAUGCGACUCAUUUUUCAGAUUACAUAACGUGACUUUAGAUCCAUGAACGUUCUCUAAAACAUCGUCAGUCCUGUAAGGUUUAACGUUCUGCUGCUAUGCCUGCUACAGCCUUGUUUUAAAAAACUGGGAUGCUGUAUAAAAUGUAAAUAAAUACAGAAUGCAAUGAUUUGCAAAUCAUUUAAACCAAAUUUCUCUUUGAAAUGUCUUUUGUUUGUUCAGACGAGAAAUGACUCAAAAACAAAAAAUGUACAAGAAAAGGAAAAAAAGGUGCUUUUUCUCUA